UUGAAAUCUCGCGAUAGGCUGCGUGACUGAAUCAUGUGGGUUUUCGUACUUGAGCGCAUGUGAAUUUCUUUCCUGUUCAAGUGAUCCGAAGGAACGGAACGCUCCCUCGUGCGUGGCGCACGAGAUCAUUAAACAUGGUGCUUUUACACGUGCUGUUCGAGCAUGCAGCUGGAUAUGCAUUAUUCGCUGUCAAAGAAGUGGAAGAGAUUGGAAUGCUUCUACCUCAGGUGGAGGAAAGUGUCCUAAAUAUUGGCAAAUUCAGUAGCGUAAUCCGACUGAGUGCGUUCUUCCCCUUUAAAUCCGCCCAGGCUGCUCUGGAAAAUAUCAAUGCCGUUUCAGAAGGAGUUGUCCAUGCAGAUCUCAAGUUGUUCUUGGAGACCAACCUUUCGUCCGGGAUUAAAAAGAAGCCCACGUUGGGGGUGUCUGACGCUAAGAUUGGUGCAGCACUUCAGGAAGAGCUUAAUCUGUCCAUUCAGACUGGAGGUGUUGUAGCUGAAAUCAUAAGGGGUGUGCGUCUGCACUUCCAUUCCCUGGUUAAGGGACUCACCGCUCAGGCCGCGUCCAAAGCUCAAUUGGGUUUGGGUCACAGUUACUCCAGAGCCAAAGUCAAGUUCAAUGUCAAUAGGGCAGACAACAUGAUCAUCCAGUCAAUCGCCCUCCUCGACCAGCUGGAUAAGGAUAUCAACACUUUCUCCAUGCGUGUGCGUGAAUGGUACGGUUACCACUUCCCAGAGCUGAUAAAGAUAGUGAGUGAUAACAGUACAUACUGUAAGCUGGCCAAGCUGAUAGGGAACCGAAAGGAACUGAGUGAGGAGACUCUGGAAGCUUUAGAGGAGAUCACAAUGGACAGUGGCAAAGCUCAGGCCAUCCUCGACGCGUCCCGCAGCUCUAUGGGUAUGGAUAUCUCACCUAUUGAUCUGAUCAACAUUGAGAGCUUCUCCAGUCGUGUGGUUUCCCUCACAAAGUACAGACAGGAACUGCAAGAAUACCUGCGAUCUAAAAUGGGCCAGGUGGCGCCAAAUCUCGCGGCUCUCAUUGGUGAUGUGGUCGGUGCCCGUCUCAUCUCUCACGCUGGCAGUCUGACAAACCUGGCCAAAUAUCCAGCCUCCACUGUGCAGAUCCUGGGGGCAGAGAAGGCCCUGUUCAGGGCGCUGAAGACCAGAGGAAACACCCCAAAGUACGGUCUCAUUUUCCAUUCAACGUUCAUUGGACGUGCUGCUGCCAAGAACAAGGGUCGCAUCUCGCGUUACCUGGCCAACAAGUGUACCAUUGCAUCGCGCAUUGACUGCUUUUCUGAGGUUCCCACAUGCGUGUUUGGAGACAAGCUACGUGACCAAGUAGAAGAACGUCUGACCUUCUAUGAGACCGGUGAGGCCCCACGAAAGAAUCUGGACGUCAUGAAAGAAGCUGUUGCAGAGGCUAGUGAGGCGGCUGCUGAAAUCAAGCGCAAGCUCGAGAAGAAGGAAAAGAAGAAAAAGAAGCGUGAAAAAAGGAAACUACAAGCGCUUUCCACAGCAGAAGAUGAAGUUGAGAAAGCCAAUGGUGAUGCUGAGGAGAACACGGAUACAAUAAAGAAGAAAAAGAAAAAGCAGGCAGCUGAGGAAGAGAUCACGUCAAACGGUGUUGUUGAGGCCACGCCUGGCAAGAAAAAGAGGAAGAUCAAUGCUGUGGAGGCGGAGCCUGAGGUGACGGAGGAGGCUGAUGUGACACAGGUGGAGAAGAAAAAGAAGAAAAAGAAAAAGCCGGCAGAGGAGGAUGAAUAAACAUGUUCCUUCUGACUGGACUUCAGUAUUGUACAGCUUUAUUUUUAGUUUCAUUUAUGAGUUGGACUCAUGGUCAAGCGUUUAAGAUGUCUGUGAGCUAUGCGCAAGGAAAAUGAUCCGUCAUGUUUCUUUUAUACAAACUGCUUUAUUUCCUGUCACUCUCAAAGCACCUUUCUGAAACAGUUCUUUUACGUGCCUUGCUCUAAUAAAUGGCGGCCCUUUGGCAUCUAUGAAAACAUUUGUUUGUCACCCGAAUUUCACUUUAAAUGUCACAUGCUUCUAAUUGAUAAAGGCUUCACUUGAAGUGUGCUAGUUUAAUUAUUCAAGGUAAUCUCUGAUUUGGAGCUGUUUGUAAUUAAGCAUAUUUUUGUAGUUACACAUACUGAAAUUAAAAUUUGCAGAGACUGUAAAUGUGAACUGAUAUCAUGCAUGUGGGGUCUACUUAGCUGUUUUUCCAAGUACUCCAUCUAUUGAUUCAUUAUGCAAUGCAUAAAUGAUUGGCAUUUAAUAAAUUGAUUAGAUUCUGUAACUUAA